UGGCUAACUGACAGACUGGCAGGUUGGCACACUGACUGACUGACUGAUCGAUCGAUCGAUCGAUCGAUCAGUCAAUUGAUUGAAUUGGUCUUCUGUCUAUUGCUCUUAGAUCUCUGAGGAUGAUUUUUUACCAUACAAAUUCUCCUUAAACAACAGUGUGCCACAUGUUGUUCUCAACAGAUAACCACAAGAAGAACACAGUUGCAUUGUUAUUUCAAGAUGUCACUCUUUCUAAUUGGAAUACUGGAAACAAAACUGCUUUUCUUCAGAAGAUUGUCUUGGAUGUAAUUAAUGUGGCUUGCUCCAACAACCCAAGCAGAUGUUCUUUGAAUUUCUGGAAUGAAUCAAGAAAAUUCAGCAUCAAAAAUGUGGUUGUGGUUGAGUCUCCCAAACAAGAAGAGAUAGAUCUCCAGGUGAAGCUGUUUGCCUCUCUGCCAGAUGGAAGUGACAUACAGAAAGACAACCAGAAUAUUAUCCCGGGAGCAACACUCCAGGAGAUUUUACAAGAUCACAAGAGCAACAUAACAUCCGCUGUUGGUGCUGAAAUCAAGUCUAUCAACAUGGCCAGUGAUUCUGAAUCUGAAGACAACAGCGCUGACAAUAAAAUGAACUACAUCAUGAUACCUAUAAGCUUUUCAGUGUUAAUUGUGCUCUGCUUUGUGGCUUGCUGUCUUCAUUGUGCCAGCAAAAGGAGGCAAAAAGCGAUUGAUAUCGAGCGAAGAAAACAAACCUUAAGGAAACUACGGGAAAGUACUUCCAAGCCGCCUGUAGUGAACAGUAAUGAAGGGCGUGUUCCAACACAAAAUGCGACAGACGAGAAUGUGUCAAUGACCGUUAUGCGCGACGAUACCAGAAAGAAGAGGAGGAGAAAGCACAGAACAGAACGGUCCUAUGUUAAUAACGAACAUCAAGAACAGUUUGAGAAUGACGAAGAACGAGACUUCGCACGAAAAAGGAAAAAGAAAGCAAAACAGAGUAAGCAUCAGAGUUUGGAAGGACGUGCAACUUUGGAGCCUGCUGUGCUGAGUGGUCAGUGGGAGGAAGGUGAAAAAGAAAGAGUCCCAACUCCGAUGCCAGUGCAUCGAAGUUUGAACAGGAAUAAAGAUACAGGAAAAAGCUUCACAGAUGAGCCGCGCGAGCGUAAACAUAGAAAAAAGACAAAGAAGAAGAAAGCACGGAGUGAACUCAGAGAAUUUGAUGAAGGUUUCGACGAAGGAAGCGAGACACGACAGACUGGGAAUUCAGAAGAUUCGCUCAUAAAAAGCUUACCUCGUCCGCGGCAGCUGGCUCCAUUGCAAGAGAGAAGUCCAGCCACCAUCCAACUGUAAUAUAAUCUCCUUUGAAGAUAAUAUUUUAUUUUACAUCGAUAUCUUUAUCAACCAAGAGCGAGGGCGGUACUGGGAGGAUAUCGCCCUUCGGUCUUGGGUUUACAAAUCGGCGGCAGCGACGACCGUAUAAAAAGAGCAUAAGACAGAUAUUUUUCCAGUACGCUACUUGAUAAGAGAUUUAUAACACUACUUCCUGUUAAAAAAUAAGAGCUGUAGAAACAUUAACCUGUCCAAUACCGAUAAUAGAGCACUCUACAUCUGAGUGAUUUUAGUUACAGGCCACUCAGGUAUCUUACUCUUCCACUGUAAAAUACACUAAAUGUCAGACAACUUUCUUUCUUUCUUUCUAGGGUUUAUUUGCUUUCUUAGCGUUAAGUCCCCCUUAAAACGUCGCGCAGCUGAUAUCUUCAGCCCGACUGUGACCAAAAGUCAAUUCUAGUUCUCUAUUUAAAUCCUAAAAGCACUGCAUUCAUGUCGCAAAGUCCAACUAAACGAUUCAUACUUCUCUAGCAUUUUUUGAUUCAAUAAAAGACACGAAACUAACCUUUCACGGUUCGAAUAGGACCUACUAUUGUUAAAAAGUUAUUUUACUAACUUUUUAACACUUAAACGUUAUUCAAAGAAAACAGAACAGAAAAGUAUUUAUUAUAUUUUAAUUUUAACAUUUUUAUUUACUUGAAAUUUUAAGAAACCUCGUGCAAUUUAGAAUUGAUUCAAAGGUUCUGUCGUUGAAUUUAUAACCGGUGUCGAUUGGUAAGACUACAAUACCGUGCCAAAUUAAACCUGUUGAUUUAAAUGAAAAUUAUGUCUAAUUUUACUGACAAGGUUACGCGAUUACUGACAUAAUAUGGUGGGGAGGCGCACCUUCCCCUCUUCUCUAUAUCUAGGACAUGUUUUUCGAAAAACAAGAACCAAAACCAACAUUGAUUACAGGGGGGAGGGGAGAAGGAGGAACCAUACAUCUGUUUCCAUUGUCGUGGCCACUAUGAAUUAAGUCGCUGUAUCUCAACAGUUUUUUCCGUGAUUGCCGUGGCAUAUUUUAAUUUUAGGGCAGAUGAAUGAACAAAAAUGAACUUCUCACUAUGCAGUUGAAAGUGUUAAAUAUUACUAAAAAUGUAUUUUGUAUGUACACUAUGUAGAACCAAUAUGCAGUGGAAGGUCUGCAAAAUCCCGUGGAAUUUUUCAUUUCUCAGCUCUUGGCUUUGAUCACCUUUUCCUGAUGCGCUUCUUGAAGAUAUCAAACAGCAGGCAUGUUCUCGCACAUCCCACGAACGAAAAAAAGGAGAGUCCCCAGUUCGAAUGAAUUGAUGUGGCCAACAUACAGAACAUGAUAGAUUAAACGCAACACUUCAUUGCAGUCAAUAGAGGGAAAUGGUCAAAAAGUUUG